CGGUGACGGCAGCAGACAACACGCGACACGACACGAACCAAAGACAACACAAACGACGAGCGAAGCAUGCCUUCUCCGGCGGCCUCGGAGCGCACCCCGCUCCUAGCCGAAGGGACCCUGGAGGCUGCUAGCCGAACGGCGGAAACCGAAACCAAAACCCUUGCGCCGAAACAGAAACAGAAACCCCCGAUCUCCGACGAUCCGAGGACCCCCCGCAAGUCCAACGGCACGGCGAACCCCAGGGCCAACCACCCCCUUCCGGUUCCCCUUUUCGGCCAGGGCACAAAGGCAAACACAAGCGCAAAGGCAAACACAAACACAAACCCAAUCACAAACCGCUACAAACUCAGCAACCCGUUCUUGCAGAAAAAGGUGGAGGACAUGGAGCUCCUGCUGUCGCAACCGGAGGUCGACCUGUGGAAACUCCGCGAGUUUGCCCUGUCCCCCGGGGGAUUGGUCAACGGUGAGUUGGGUCUCGACGAGCUUGGUUUGGUUUGGUUGGUGCCACUUGCUGUUGUAUAUUGUAUACACCGUACCGUGCCGUGUUUUGUGCCGUUUCGUGUUGUUUUCUUGUGCGGCAGGGUUGUGUGCCGAUUGCUCGAACAGGUUGCGGCUGCGACUGCGACCGUGAUUGCGAACCCGGCAAGCAUUGCUGCACUGCCACUUACUGUAUCGAACUAACCCAACAUCCCCGUCGCCACCAAAAUCACAAUCGCAAUCAUACCACGAUGCAACACGGCACGACACGACACGACGCGAUGCGAUGCCAACUAUGAUUCGAUGCAAUGGCAACAGACACGAUACGGAAACGAGUAUGGCCAAAACUAGUGGGUCUCGAUCACAACUACGAUCCCCUGCCCCUGGACCACAUCGUUCUGGAACCCACCAAGGCGUCUGCGUCCGGCAGAGAGCGGGGCCUCCCCCCACAACACCACCAGCAACAGCAACAGCAUCAGCAACAUCAUCCGCAGCAUCCGCAACAGCCACCACCGCAGACCACCAUCGAGAUCGACGCCCAGCACGAGCUCCUCCAGCCCUCGGAGGACGAAAAGAAGGCCCUGCAGGAGAUGCACUCGCAAACCCACAGGGAUCCAUCCCUUUUGCCGCCGUCGGGCACGCUGCUGGUCGAAUCGAUGGAUUCCUCGCAGAUCGAUCGGGACGUGGCCCGGUGCACCUGGCACCUGCUCACGGGCAGCCAGCGGUCGAGGCGCUCCCAGCACCGAUCCAUCACCCAGAACAGCACGAGGGGGAACGAGUACCACAGCGCAAACGCAACCAGGAACCAACACCCAAAGCAGUCGCAGUCCAGGUCGUCCGCUUCCACUCCGACCUCGGCGACGGCGUCCACAUCGAUAUCCACAUCGGCAUCGGCAUCGGCAUCCACGCCCGCUUCCACCCCCGACCCAAAACAACAAAGCCCAAACCGCAUCAACCGCCGGGGCCACCCGCAAACGACCAAAUACCGGAGGAACCGAAAGAUCUCGGUCCUCUUGAAGAAGAAGCAGAGCCGACUGGCGAAUCUCAUCAACCUGGCGCUGGUGCAGAGCUACGAUCGAAGCGAUCGAGAUGCCAGCGGCAAUGGCAACAACAACAACAGCAACAACAACAACAACAGCGAGGCCGAUACCGACACGAACGGGAACAGCAAGAACCGGCUGAGGUACUACCAGGGUUACCACGACGUGGCCUGCAUUUUUUUGCACGCCCUCGGUGGGGGAGCGAGCCACAAGCCAUCGAGCGCCAGCGGCGGGCAACACCACUAUUCCGCGGGAGACCUGGAACUCCCCUCGAAGGUCCUCGUCCAGGUUUCCUUUAGCCACUUCAAGGAUGCCCUGCGGUCGGACUUUUUGAGGUUGCAGACGGGGCUCAAGCUCAUACUCUUUCCCUUGCUCCGAACGAUUGACAUGGAGAUACACGAUCACCUCCUGGAUGCCGACAUGGAACCCUUCUUUUGCCUCUCCUGGAUUCUCACCUGGUUUGCCCACGACGUGAGAGACACGGCACUCGUCAAGCGACUCUUUGACGCCUUUUUGGUGGCACACCCGGUCCUGCCGGUCUACGCCGCUCUGGCCAUGAUCACCCAUCCCUACAACCGACAGAUCAUCCUGGAGACGGAUUGCGAUUUUGCCGCCCUCCACCAGUGCCUGGCCUCGCUGCCAAAGCAUUCCUGCAAGAUUGGAUACAAGGAGCGAAGGAUGGACGGCGCCUUUGGAAACGUCGUCACGUACGUCUCGGACGAGGAGGGCGAUUGCGGUGCCAGCACGAGCGCCUACAGCAACCACUACCACACCACGAGUGGGGACAACCACACGGUCACCACCAACACGGACACCUACCUGGAAGAACAGAGCGAAUUCGACGACGACCUGGACGACGACGACAGCCACACGUUUGACACACGGAGCCAGUUCACCACCGAGACUCUGUACACGGAAUCCUCCUUCCCCACCAGCAUCCACAGCGGCAGCCUGGCGACCUCCUCCUCCCACAACGGCCCCGUCCCGACAAAACUCACCACCGGAGCCAGCCUGGCCAGUGGCAGCCUCGUCAGCCUGCACGAAGAAUUCCGGCCCUGCCCGACCGAUCGGACGAUCAUCUCCACGGAGCAACCCGAUUUUCUCUCCAAGGAAAGCACCCUGGUCAGCGGGACCUGGAACGACGCAUCCGCGAUGGACGGCACGAGCACGGGGGCCAGCGGUGGCCCCGACCCGGAGAGCCCCAACCUCGACGGAACCAGCGAGGAAAUCAACAACACAAACGGUGCCCUCUUGCUGGGAGACACCAACCCCGUUCCCUUUGAAUCCGUUCUGGACACGGCCGUGCAGAUCAUGACCAAAUACCCGCCGGGUUCCCUGGUCAAGCUGGCCAAGGACUACUACAGAGACGACUGGGACAGCCAGCUCUCCCUCCUAGCCAACCAUGCGGCCGCCUCGGACGACAACGACCUGGACGUUCAGCAAUUGAUUGGCUUGCUCAAACCGACCCCCCCGGCGUGGUCCGUUCUCCCGACCUGCACCAGCGACUGGCUGGACAAGCAAAAGGUCCGCCAGGACAUGGGACUCAAGCCCACCUCGCGGAAGGAUCGCCGGCGGCGGAGGAACAAGAAGAACCCCACCGAUGGCACUCUCUACAACAACACCAACCACCGUUUCGAUCUGGAGGCCGCGGAUUCCGAAACGACACGGUUGCUCUCCGUCCCCGCCACAACCACCGACGCGGCAGCAGCCGGCAACGACCCCAUGGACUACGUCCGAUCGAACCCCGAGGAUCGGGCCGUCGCGGCCAUUGGAUACGCCCCCGGCCUCGAAGCCAAGAAACGCAAGCGGCGGCUGCUCCGGAACCGACGCAGGCGGAAAAAACGCCAGCGCGCCCUCGCAAUCGGGUGCGGUGUGGUCCUCCUCGGGGGCCUCGUGUACGCGGUCGUCCGGUACAGCAGCAACCACCGAAGCAUUGCUCCUCCCGAACACGGCAUCGGCAACCGCCCGACCACGGUGGCGGAUGGCGAGAUUCCGAGCGAGCCACCCACGGCCCGGAGGCAGGAAGCACCCCUGGGGACGGACGGCGAUUCAAGGGCAGGGAAGGACCAACACAUGCAAGACGCGUCGGCGGAUUCAAGAGCAAGCGCCUCGGACCGACCCGCCCGUGGAUUGUCGUCGUCGUCGUCCAUCGGAAAGGCAGAGAGGGACCCAACCAAUGCGGACGCCGCGAUGAAAACAGCCGCGGGCAUUAUUCUUCCCCGGGUCAACCAGCGGCUGGACCCUUCCCCCCCGUCGAGGGACAAGACGGCCCUGCCCGGGGCCGGAGCAGGCAAGUCCCCCGGCCCCCGGGAGACCGUCCGAUCCACGGGUCCUCCCCACGGCUCGACCGCCCUUCGACCGAGGGCGGCGCUCGGGGACAAAAGGGCACACCACAAGACGCCGCUUGGGCUGGUGGCCGGGAACGAGACCCGCCGUGCCGGGCCGCCGGUAUCGACCCUCGGGAAGCAGGGAACGACGAUCCUCCUGGAUCUCCUCACCCACACGAGGGCCAAGGCGGUGCGGUUCGUGCGCAACGCCUGGAACACCUUUCGCGGUUUUGUGAUCCGCUUGGUCCGUCCGGGUCGGAACUAGCCGGGGAACGAAUGGAAUCGAAUCGAAUCGAAUCGAAUCCUAUCCAAUCCGGCAGCGUUGCGGUUGCAGCUCGGUUGCUGGACGGACAUGGCCGCGCGGCAUUUGAGUGCCAUUCCUUGGAACCGUUGGAUUGGAAAUCAUUGCGGAGUCUAGGUUCUCGCCGGUGCGAUCGCUCUCGAGUUUGAAAAUGGUUGGGAGGAUGCAGCAUGGGGUUUGGUCUAACAAGCAUACAAAUUAAUGAAACGAGUGCUG